AUGCGACGUAUAAAGACAAAAGAUACGAAACGUUUGUUAUGGAAGGAGGAUAAUAAGGCAUUAAUCAGUAAUUAUGAAAUUGCAAAACGUCGUUUAUUCGGCUUAAAUAAAACAUUAGAUAAAAACAAGGAAUUAUUUGUUAAAUACGAUGGCAUUAUCAAGGAACACUUAAGGGAAGGUAUUAUAGAACGAGUAGAUUUGAAUUUAGACCAAAAUAUAAACACAGGUUAUUUUCUUCCACAUCAUGCUGUAGUGCGAGAACGGAAGAAUAGUACAAAGGUUAGGAUUGUCUUUGACGCAUCAUCAAAGGGAAAAGGCGCGUUAUCGUUAAACGAUUGUUUAGAGAGUGGACCGAACUUAAAUACUGAUUUACUUGAAAUCUUGUUACGGUUUAGGUUACAGAAAAUUGCAUUUAGUGCAGAUAUUCAACGCGCUUUUUUAGAAGUAGGGAUCGCCAAGGAAGAUAGGCAAUUUCUAAAAUUCUUAUGGAUAAAAGGGGUUGGUCCUAAUCUCGGUUUCAGCCCUCACAAUAUUGAAACAUUCCAGUAUAAAAGAGUCACCUUUGGAGUGAAAUGCAGCCCAUUCUUACUUGCAGCAGUUAUUAAACUGCAUUUAGAAAAAUUCGAAAGUAAAUAUGAAGAAGCGUGUAAAAUGUUGAACUAUUUGUACGUAGAUGACCUAGCAACAGGCACGGCAAGCGUUUCCGAAGCUAUAAAAUUGAGCAAAGAAAUGAUUUACAUUCUAAGUCAUGAAUCUUCAAAGAUGGGUCACGAACUCCCCAAUUCUAAAUGA